AUGCUCAGCCCCAAGAUCCAGCGCUCAGUUCGCGUUAACGACGGUCAGUUGUUGGCGCUAUCCGACAGGGCGCAGUAUGACCACUCUCAGGCUGGUUACCUCCACAAGCGCAGCUCGGACAAUACCAAGUGGCAGCUGCGAUGGUUCAUCCUCUAUCAGAACCUGCUGUUCUACUACGAGUCGGAGAACAACACGCGCCCCACCGGCGUACUCCUUCUUGAAGGUUCUUAUUGCGAGCGUCUCAGCAAGUCCCCAAUGGAGAGGAAUGCUUCGUUUUGCUUUACGAUAUCGUACCGGCGCGAAAACCAGCGCCAGUACGAACUGAGAGCCGCCUCCGAGGUUGACUGCGUGCACUGGGUCGACGCCAUACGGGAGGCGAGCUUCAACAAGCUGCUGCUGCAGAAGGAGGAGUUGGAGCAAAAGCAACUGCACCUGCUGCAGGUGGUGGAGAGCGAGCGCACAUCGCGCUGGCAGUACGCGCAGCAGUGCGACGAGCUCACCAACGAGGUUAAGAAGCUGCGCACUGAGUUAUGCGCGUACAAGAAGGAACAUGAGCCAGCGACGCGCACCACCUCCACCACCAGCCUGUCGCCCAGUGACUCUGACGAGAUCGAUCCUGUCGAGCUGCGCAAGAUUAAGAAAGUUCAGAGUUUCUUUCGGGGCUGGUUGUGUCGGCGUCGUUGGAAACAAAUUGUAGACCAGUACAUCAAGAGCCCGCACGCUGAGAGCAUGAGGAAGAGGAACAGCUUAGUAUUCAAAAUGGUCGAAGCUGAGGAGGAAUAUCUCGAGCAGAUGGAGAUUUUGGUGACCUGUUUCCUUCGGCCAUUUAAGAUGGCGGCCAGCUCUAAGAAACCGCCUUGCACGCACGAGGAUGUCAACUCGAUAUUCCUGAACAGCGAAACUGUGCUGUUCCUGCACCAGAUCUUCUUUAAAGGAUUGACAUCUAGAAUGGAAUCAUGGCCCACAUUAGUGCUAGGAGAUCUAUUCGACAUGCUGCUGCCGAUGCUGACCAUCUAUCAGGAGUACGUACGCAAUCACCAUUACUCGCUGCAAGUGCUCACCGAGUGCAAGCAAAGUCAGCCCUUCGCUCAGCUGCUGGCGCGCCUCGAGAGCAAACCCGCGUGCCAGAGCCGGUCGCUCGAGACCUUCCUUACUUACCCUAUGCAUCAGAUUCCGCGUUACAUUAUCACAUUGCACGAGCUACUUGCGCACACUCCUCAUGACCACGUGGAGCGCCGCAGCCUCCAACAUGCGCGCGCUCAACUGGAGGAACUGUCGCGUCAGAUGCAUGAUGAGGUGAGCGAAACAGAGAAUUUGCGGAAGAACCUCGCGGUGGAGCGCAUGAUCAUCGAGGGCUGUGACAUCUUGCUCGACGUCAAUCAGGUCUUCAUACGGCAAGGUACAUUAUCCCAAGUGGUGGGCAAGGGCCGUCGGGCGUCCCUGCAAGCUCGACAAGCAUUCUUAUUCAGUAAUCAUCUCCUACUGACCACAAGAGCUACGGGAGGUCGACUGCACCUGCCUCCUAAUGGACGUCUGCCACUCCAUGAUGCUCUUCUAGUCGAGGAUCCCUCUAGUCAUGAUGAUGAUGAUUCAACGUCAGUGUGUUCGUCUCCAGGCGGCGAUCCUUACCAGGGCAAAGACUUUAAGAUACUAGUCGAGGUUAAAGGUGAACAGAUUUGCGCUCAUUUAGUGGCGGCAACCUUGGAGGAGAAGGCGGCAUGGACUAGCGAGGUGGCGCAGUGCAUGGAGAGUGCGGCGUUGACCGAGCUGCUGCGCGCCUGCGGCUCCUGCGCAGCCUCCGCCAGCCUGCCCGCGUGUCGCUCAGACCGCGCACUCUUCACUGAUGAUGUCGACAUCCGCUUCAGUAGGACCCUCAACUCGUGCAAGGUGCCGCAGAUCAGGUCCGCCACGCCGCAACGACUGCUACAACGGCUUACUGACCUACGUUUCCUAUCCGUGGACUUCCUCAAUACAUUCCUGCUGACGUACCGUGUGUUCACUGAUGGAGUGACGGUGCUGGAGGCUCUCAAGCAGGUGUUCUACGAGCAGUCGCAGCAGGAGAUGGAGCUAGCACCCCCUCCUGAUACUGUCAGGAAGACCAGCGGCGCUAGUUCUGUCUCAGGUUACGGCUCAGAAUAUAGUGACCGCGAUUGGCAAUCGAGGUUCUGGAAGGCUUCGAGGAAGAGUGAAGAUGAAGAUAAACUGUCACCUUAUUUAAUGGCACCUUCCAGACGUACGUCAAACGUUAGUAAGGCGGAAGAGGACAAUAGUCAUUUGACUAUACCCAAAAUUAUGGCCACUUCAUCAAGCAAUGAAACACUCAAAGGAACUUCACCAUCAUCACCUGGUGCGCUCAGUUCAGUAACCCUAGUGGGCAGUCCUAAGAAGGCGAGUCCUGAAGAGGGUUCCACUAAAACAGAGAAGACAUCACCAACCAAAGACAAUGAUAAAGCAGCCGCCAUGAUGAAAGAUGAAAGCAUAGAGUUGGUUGAUCAGAGUGACGAAGAUAUUAAAUACAAAGAAGAGGAACAAGAGAAAGACAAACCAAAGCCGAAAGAUGAGAAGUUCCAGAUAUCGCAAAGGUUUUCAGAGCGCGUCCGCAACAUGACGGAGAGUCCGCGGCGGCUGCAAGUACGCGGCGCUGCGGAGGCUCGGCGACGUUCAGACGGCGCGCGAGACUUGCCCGCACCCGCACACGCACACGCACACGCCACGCAGGAGCCUCGCCGCGCCUCCGACUCUAAUGCUGCACGUCUCCCACGUCGCUCAGUCAGCGAGAGACGGUGCACCAGUUCAUCAAUAAACAGCGAUCGCAGACGAUACUUCGGAAGUUCUGAGCCGAGAUCAUCAGUCACAUCGCAAGUAUCACAAAUGGCACAAAGCUAUCGUCGUGAUACUAACCAGCCCAAAGCCGGUGUUGUCAUCACGUCUUUCCGGCAAUCACACAGAAGCUUUGGAAAAGACCUGUUAUGGAGCAGUACAUCAACAGCGGCUGUAGCCUUCGCUGUGGCAACUUCAGCGUCAUCUAACCCGCGCUCGCCACCUCCCACCUCGCCGCCUCACAACAGACGCGAUUCUGUUAUAUCUACUGCUGCUACUAUGAGAGUUCUUAAUGUAUUGAGACAUUGGAUAUCGAAACACUCCUCGGACUUCUGGUCGGACGAGCGUCUGCGCGGGCUCACGAUGGACUUCCUGAAGGAGAUAGAGGCUAGCCCGGGGCUGCUGCCAGCGGAGCACAAGGCGGCCGCACAACUGCUGCGGCUGCUGGAACGAGCACCAGACAGGGCUAUUGAUUUGAAAGCUAUAUUUGCACCUCCACCGAUUCCAACGAAAGAAAGCAUCGAAACUCUAUCAGCGUUAGAGAUCGCAGAGCAGAUGACUUACUUGGAUUAUCAGAUCUUCAGUUCCAUACAUAGCGAAGAGUUUCUAGGUCAAGCUUGGACGAAGGCGGACAAGGCGGAGCGCGCUCCUCACAUCCUGAUGAUGACAGGACAUUUCAAUCACCUCUCUAACCUGGUCAUCUCUGAGAUAUUGAAGAAAUAUACUUUGACAGGGCGCGUGGCAGCGAUAGAGAAGUGGGCAGCAGUGGCGGACAUCGCUCGUUGUCUUCACAACUUUAAUGGAGUGCUGCAGAUAUGUGCAGCACUCUCCAACACAUCCAUAUUCCGUCUCAAGAAGACUUGGGAGAAAGUCUCCAAGACGAGCAAACAAACUAUUGAAAAAAUGCAAACUAUAAUAUCAUCAGAAUGCAGAUUCAGGAUACUAAGAGAUGCUCUGCACAGAUGUGACCCGCCUUGUAUUCCUUAUUUGGGCAUGUACCUGUCUGAUCUAUCUUUCAUAGAAGAGGGUACUUCUAACUACACACCUGAUGGUCUUCUUAACUUCUCCAAAAUGAGAAUGAUAGCUCAUGUGAUACGAGAAAUAAGAAACUUCCAACAGACUCCGUACAAAAUCGAUCACAUUCCUAAGGUGUGCGACUUCUUACUGGACCGUUCUCUGAUCAUUCCGGAGGAGCGUCAAUACACACUCUCUCUGGAGUUAGAGCCGAGAGCAGCGCGCGGCUCCGCGGGCGGUCUGGCCGGCGCACCGACCGAGACUGUCUCGCCCGCCGCGCAGCGCCGCCGCCGCGCCUCCCUCGCUGCACUAGCGCCACUGCGGCCGGAGCGGUAA